UGCUCUUCUUCUCCUUUCUUCCCGCUGCAGCCACUCGAAAGAAAAAGAAAGAGAACCCAGCCAUGCCUUUGAGAAACCGGUGAGAUAAGCUUGGUUUUCUCCUUCCUUUCUUGCUCUAGAACACACCUAGAACCCAGAAAUCUUUUCCCCCCUGCUGGAAAAGCCGGAUCUGCCCUGCUCUGCUUUGUCCUUCCGCCGGCUGCUCUUGAUUGUGGGGGUGAUUUGCUCCGGUUUUGGGUAAGAAAUAGCUCGAAUUCUCCCUUCUCUAGCUUUGAAUUGCCCUGGGUUUACUUUAAUUGCUCUUAUUCCUCCAAUUUUUGGGUAGCCGUGAGCUUUCUUCUUCCAUGCCGCCGGCCUUCCCCAAUCUGCUAGCUCCGGUUCCUUGCUUGUAAAUUCUGGUUCCCGAUCGUUCUGUCAGUUAGCAUUGAGAUUGAGUGCUCGGUUUUAUGCAAGUGAGGUAAGUAAAUUUAUGGUAAUGCCUGUACUGUUUUAAAAGCAUGUUUUGAUUUGUUUUUAAAGUGGUGGCGGGACUAAACCCGUUUUACACAAGUAUGACUUAUUUGAAGUGAAAUGUUUUAUGCUUUUCAUUAAAUUGAGCAUGCCUACUUGAAAUUUAAGUGACUGUCUUGAUGAUUUGAAGGUGAUUGUGAAUCGUGAUUUUCUGUUAACUUCUGCCUGUUUUGUCUCCGAUACGAUCAUGUUAUUCUGUUGCCCGCUAGUGGGAGGUCAAACGCUAGCACAUGUCGACAUGUUUCUGAUAGAACCGGUUCAUUCCUGUAAUCCUACUAGUGGGAGUCAAACACUAGUAAUUUCUGUUGCCUGCCAGUGGGAGGUUUAAACAUUGGCCAUAACCUAUAGAGGAGACGUCUAUUUCGUUCCCGUACUUGUAUCCGUUUUCCGAUUACACUGGUUGGCAUGCUUUAAGUUUGAUAAGGGGCACUCCAUAUUUACUUACUGAGUUUAUCUCAUAGUUUUUCUUUGUCCACCAUUUCAGGAAAUGAAACUGAGGACGGGAAAACCACGGGAAGUGACGAGUUAGAAGGCUAGCAAUUUCGAGAUUGAUUAGAUUUUAGAAACAAAUCAUGAUCUUGUAUUUGGAGAUUUUAAUUGGAGAUUUAUGAUAUCAGAGAGUUUAUAAAAUUUGAUUUUCAGA